UCAGCUGGGAUUUAUUUCCACUGGAAUGUUGUCAUCGGUAGUUUCUAACCUCAAAAAUCAAAAUAGCAAGUUCAUCGUGAGUUUUCUGGUGCAGUUUUUCAUCAAUUUUCUCCUGUUUUCCCUGGAAAAGUGUGAAAAAUGUCGAUUUUGGCGUACAACGGAGGCUGUGUGGUGGCAAUGAAGGGCAAGGAUUGUGUAGCAAUCGCCACAGAUCAUCGUUUUGGUAUCCAGGCACAAACCAUCGACACGACUUUUGAGAAGAUCUUCGAGAUCAAUCCGCAGAUGUUCCUGGGCCUGGUGGGGCUUCAAUCAGACAUCCUCACCGUGCGGGAUAAACUGAUGUACCGGAAGAAUCUCUACGAGGUCAGGGAGAAUCGUGUGAUGACGCCGGAGAGAUUCGCAGCGAUGCUGUCCAGUUUCCUCUACGAACGGCGCUUUGGGCCCUAUUUCAUUGAACCCGUGAUUGCUGGGCUGGAUCCCAAGACUGGCAAACCAUUCAUCGCCAACAUGGAUCUCAUUGGCUGCCCCAAUGUUCCAAAUGACUUCGUGGUGGUCGGGACGUGCGCUGAGCAGCUUUACGGAAUGUGCGAAACACUCUGGGAGCCAGAUCUAGGCCCAAAUGAACUCUUCGAAGUGAUUGCCCAGUCCAUGGUGAAUGCAUUCGACAGGGAUGCCAUUUCCGGAUGGGGUGCAACUGUGUACAUCAUCGAGAAGGACAAAAUCACCACAAAGUCCAUCAAAACUCGCAUGGAUUGAGAGGAUUAUACCUUUAAUUGUGACUUUUUAUGUCUCUUAUUAAUAAAUUUCUUUCUACAA